GCUACAACUUUUUUUCUCCCCUUUUCGCAGAUAUUAGCACCUUACUUUCAAAACCUACUUUUCAUUUUUCGACUGUAAUUCCGUCCCCAUACACAUUUCUCUCACUCACAGGUUUUCGCGUCGCUCCUGCACAACUGUUCUGACGGAGAUUCUUUUAUAGUAGGAACGCCCUCAUUUUUUUUUUGCUCUACGCGAACAUUCAUGGUGCGCCAGCACAGCUAACAACUUACAGUGACUUCUCUUUUCACACGCAAGAGAACCAGAGGAAAAAGGAAAAAGAUAAUAAACCCUUUCCGCUGACGUAUUGCUUUACUUUUCUCUUGCCUCCGAGCGGCCUUCUCAUUUCGGGUGCUGACAACACUUGACACCGAAAAGGAAGGACAAAUCCACGGUUAUUGCAAACGCACCACCAACCUGUAGAAUUAACCUCAAAGUAAUUUAACUCCUUUGUUUUCUCUAAGCUCGCCGAUCUUUUUCAUUUCCUGCCUCAAGCAUUUUUGGUCUCUUUUUUGUUUCUUUGUUUGUUUGUCUCUCGUCGCCCUUCGACUUUAGAACAGCGCCGAUGUACACGGAACAGAACUGGAACGACAGCUACGGCACCUCCGGCGUGCCGCGCCUCUCGUGUGGGCCGGCGAACGCCCGCGGUGGCGCUGGUGGCAACGUGGGCAGCUACGAUGCCGGCAACGUCGCCUCCUCAGCGGGCCAGUACAGCGCCGUGACGGCGGCUCGUCAGUCGCCGCAGCCGGUCCCCUUCUACCCUCCCACUUCCUCGCGCUUCACGCCGAUGGACUUCGAGCUGUUCAUCAACAGCAACCGCGACCCAACGGAUGAAAUGCGCCGCUCGCAGGAGUAUUACUACUGGUAUCACAGCAAGCAGCCGCGCGACCCGCGCGCGCCGCCCCCGCUGCCCUCGAUCGAGGUGCAAGAGGCCCUCAGCAACAUGGAGACCCCGUGGGAGGACGUGACCGCCAUCACCUCCGUCACGGCCGGCCGCGGUGUCGGCGUCGGCCCUGCCGGGCGUAAGAUGGGCGGCAAGAGUCUCGCCCUCGACGCGAAGGACCUGCGGGAGACGCAGGCGACACACGCGAUCAACCCGUACGGUCUCAGCCUCAUGAACAGCGACAACAUGCUGAGCCCCGGCACGCAGUUCUUCGCGGCGUACGCGCCGACGCCGCUGGCCAUGGCAACGCCCAGCACGCUGCGCGCCUACGCCCACGGCCAGCUGCCCGUCCCACAGUCGCAGAUGCGUGCACAGGAGGCCGAGCUGGGCGGCGGCGGUGGCAACACCGCAGGAGUCCCGUAUGCCCGUAGUGCCGGCACUGCCGUGGCGGCAGCGGCGAAGAGCAUCGCCUCGCAGCAGUACUACACGCAGGAGCCAAUGAACACCUUUGGGCUGUACGGCGCGGGCACGGAGGGCGGUGGCGCCAACUACUACGACGCGACCCACGGUAGCAGCAGCGGCCCGGGCACCGCAAACCAGGGCAGCUACCAGCUGAUGAGCAACGUGGGCGAGGUGGAUGCGGGUAUGAUGUACGGUCAGGCAGAGCUGGGCGGCUUCCAGGGUCGCGGCGUCGGCCGUGGUGGGGCCAACCGCCGCUUCAACAGCGCCAACCCCAAUGCAAACGCGAACAGCGGCGGCAACGCCUUCGGUGGCGGCCGCGGCGGCCGUGGCGGCUUCCGCGGUGCACGUGGCGCGGGAGGGAUGGGCGGCAUGGAGGGCCCGGGCCACCGCUUCAUCGGCUCCGACAAGCUCCGUCAAUUCCGUCACGACGUGGCAGAACAGAAAAGUUCGCAGUGGUCGCUGGAGGACCUGCAGGGCUACGCCGUGGAGUUCGCGAAGGAUCAGGAGGGCAGCCGCUUCAUCCAAAGCGCCGUCGACUACGCGGCGCCUGAGGCGCUGGACAACACCUUCUUGGAGAUUUUUGCCUCCCCGCUGGAGCUGGUCACCGACAUCUUCGGCAAUUACGUGUUGCAGAAGCUGUUAGAAAAGGGCAACCCAGCACAGCUGACGUUUGCGGCGGAGCGUCUGCGCGGGCACGUCGUGGAUCUCACCAUGCAGACCUACGGCUGCCGUGUGAUUCAGAAGUGCAUCGAGGUGAUGCCGCAGGCGGGGCUCGAUGUCAUCCUGGCUGAGCUGAAAGACAACGUGGCGAAGUGCAUCCAAGACCAGAACGGCAAUCACGUCAUCCAGAAGUGUGUGGAAGUCAUCCCACACCAGUGCGGCUUCAUCAUCUCCGCCUUCGCAGGCCGUGUGAUAGAGCUGGCGACGCACGCCUACGGCUGCCGAGUGAUUCAGUGCAUCAUGCAGCACUGCCCGGAGCAGGAGGAUACGAUCUUUAGCGAGCUGCUCAAGGCAGUGGAUGUGCUGGCGAAGGAUCAGUACGGCAACUACGUCAUCCAGCACGUGCUGCAACACGUCAAGGAUGAGAGCAAGGUGGAGCGCAUCUACGCGGCACUGAAGCACAAGUUCUUCAUCCUCAGCAAGCAGAAAUUCGCCUCCAACGUGAUGGAGAAGAUGUACGCCCGCUCCAAGCCGGCGAACCGCAUGGCGAUUGUGGAGAUGAUGUGUGCCGACUUCCCCGCCAAGGCCGACCAGGUAGAAAUUGUGUCCUUCACGAGGUCCGCAAACAAGACGGCCGCGAUGGUGAACGCGGAGGAAGGGACGUGGCCGCCCAGCAAGAGCAACUCCGACGGCACCAUGAAGGAGGUGAAGGAGCGGAACCGCGAGGCGAAGGAUGCCGCGAUGGGCAUCGUGGAGUCGGCCGUCUCCAUUGGCCUGGGUCAGCCCAGCAUGCUGUGCCUCAUGAUGAGUGACCAGUACGCCAACUACGUGGUGCAGCGGGUGCUGGACGCGUCCGAGGUGGACCAGUUCGUGAAGCUGGUCGACAACAUCGAGAAGUACAUUCUGCCGAUUCGCACCUACACCUACGGCCGCCCCAUCGUUCAGCGCCUGUCGCGUCGCAAGCUCGUCCUCGCCCCGGGCGACGACGCCAACGAGACAACGAGCAACCCGGCGAACAGCGGUAGCAAUCCGAAUAGCCACGGCAACCACUACGACAACAAUAGUCGCAACAACAGUCAUCGCCGUCAAUAUGCGUAA